AUGAAACUUCAAUCAAUUUCCCUAGCAUGUCUAGCCUUAAUCUUGGUUAUUUCUAUGCCAAGAUUCCUUGUUAGUCAAGCAGCUGGUUUUAGUAUCGAUCUGAUUCAUCGAGACUCCUUACAAUCUCCUUCCCUCGAUUCUUUACAACGAGUAACAAAUUCUUUGCAACGAUCUUUCAAUCGUGUCAAUGUUCUUGCCCAAGAUCAUUAUUCACAACGAUCAGCCUCAACUGAAAUCGUUCCUGAUAGAGGAGAAUACCUCAUGAGGUUCUCCCUUGGUACGCCUCCGGUCACAACCCUAGCUAUUGCUGAUACUGGUAGCGAUCUCACUUGGAUACAAUGCAAGCCUUGUGACCGCUGCUUUAAACAAAAAGCACCCUUUUUCGAACCAAAAGGUUCUUCCACAUACAAUCCCGUUUCUUGUUCUUCCAAUACGUGCACUGAUGCCCUUUUGAGGACUUCUUGCAAUGGUCCUAAGGGCACAUGUACCUACGCAAUAAGCUAUGGUGAUAGAUCCUUUAGUAAGGGCGAUCUGGCCACAGAGACAAUCACGUUAGGUUCAACCACCAGAGAAAAUGCGUCGAUCCCUAAUGUUAUCAUAGGGUGUGGACACUUGGACCAAGGAACUUUUGGUGUUGAUGCAUCGGGGAUUGUUGGUCUCGGAGGUGGGAAAGUGUCGCUAAUAACUCAAAUGGGCUCAUCAAUCAAGGGCAAAUUUUCUUAUUGUCUUGUGCCUUUUUUUGGUAAGAAUGUAAAACCAAGUAAAAUGAGUUUUGGCAACGAGGCUGUUGUUUCCGGUGGUGGCGUGGCUUCGACACCAAUCGUAACUAAAAUGCCAAAAACAUUUUACUUCUUGACAUUGGAAGGAAUCACAGUUGGGAACCAAAGAUUGGAUUUGGAUUUGGAUUUAUCCUCAUCGUCAUUAAAUGAUUCCAAGGCAUCUCAUCAAGAGGGCAACAUAAUCAUAGACUCUGGAACAACAUUAACUUUCCUCCCAAGUGAUCUGUACGAUAGAGUCAUAAGAGCAGUGAAAAGCCAAACGAAGUUGAGACAAAUCACUGAUCCACAAGGGAUCUUGAAUCUGUGCUAUCUUUCCAGAGGAAAUGUUGCAGAGGUUCCCAAAAUCACUGUCCAUUUCAGAGGGGCUGAUGUGGAGUUGAAACCUAUCAACUCUUUUGUCAAGACUAGUCAGGUGUCUCUAUGUCUUGCCUUUGCACCAGCCGAUGUUCUUGCAAUUUAUGGUAAUUUGGCACAAAUGGAUUUCUUGGUGGGGUAUGAUCUGGAAAAGAAGACCGUCUCUUUUAAGCCAAGUGCUUGCAGCAAAGCAUGAAAAUAGCUAAGAAACCACUGUCUUAAUUUCCGG